AUGGAGGAGCUCUACCACUGCAUGAAACAUCCGGAGAAGUCGCCGACGAACUACAUCCCGAAGAACGAUGUGUUUGCAGCUUACAAGAAGCGCUGGGUCAACAGCUUCAACACGGCUGCACCCGGUCACGUCGUCGAGGAGCUGUUCUUGGACAAGUAUGCCAAGAGUAUUUUCUGGUCAGAGAUUCGACUGCCAGUUUUCAUUGGUGAGUACCACAGCGUCCAUGUUGGCGCCAAGGAUGACCUGCCGAUUUUGGUGAACGAUGCCCUUUCAUCGAAGUAUCCCUUCUAUUUGGGCUACAACUUCUUCGAGUUCUCCGUGAGGUACGACAAGGGAGGAAGCGAAAAGGAGUUCGGCAUGUUCGGCUACGGGGACUGCCCGCUGGUGGAGAUGAAUUACAGCGGGAAGGUCUACACCAUUUGGAAUUUGGUUCCUGCCAAGGACAAGUACGGCUAUCCUCUGUCCAAGGCUCUGAAAAAUGCCUACGGCAAGGGCUCGGCUGGGCCAGUCUUGCGCGAUGCGCCGUGCCUUGAGGAGGUCUUGGGUGUCUCCUGA